GCACAGUUCCGGCAGCCCGGCUUUGCUUCGUCGCAUCGGAGCUGUUAAUUUACAUUACAUCAGUCUCUCAUACAGUGCACUCCCACGUACGUCCCACCACGACCACGCGCCACGACGGGGCCAUCCAAUGCAUGGGACGGAUUUCAAUGGGUCGCGUACCCGCCUGAGCUUGCACGUCCGGCAGCCGCUUCUUGACUUUUGCUUGUUCUUCAUUUCGCGCUUUGCAUGGCCCAGCCAAGCGCAAGCCUUUUUGCCGCUGUUGCUGCUGGCGCUGGUUGCCGCUUUGCUAUUGCUGUUGGGUUGCUUCUUGUCUCUGGGCUGCGGAGAGCAUGCGCUGAUCUGGGCUGGCGGGUUCUGGAUGAGGACAAAAAGAGCGUAGGAACGGGGCCUCAACGACGUGGCCGACGACAGACAGACAAGGCCUUGAAUGGGGGCGCAGCCGACGCCUUCUUGACCUGGACGGUCCCACGCACGCCCUGGGACGCCGACAAUAGGUUGAUAAGCCCGCAGGUGCAACCAAUCGAAGAGGUCCCGACAAUCGUUGCGGGCUGGGUCUGGCUGCGACGAGUGAAGGGCUGGAGCGGGGUUUUGGUCCACUUAAGCUCUCGAUCACGCCAACAGUAGCGCCACCAAACGGUGGAGUGCCGCACUCGCUAAGGGCUCGAGGAGCGAACGAUGGGAC